CCGGGAGCUAGCUGAUCCACAAGCCCGCCCCCUUCCCUAACCUCCCGAUCACCACAGGCCACGGCCGCAGUGGCGGCGGACACGCACGGUCACCACACGUGCCCCUUAUUUAAUUCCUCCCAGGGCUCAGCCUCGGUACACUCUGGGGAGAGCAGCACGCAGCAAGGUCAGCUAGCUACAGGACGAAGCUGCAGCUAGCGCGGCAGAUCAGAUUGAUCGAGAUGGCGGCCGCCUUCUCCUCCACCGUCGGAGCUCCGGCCUCCACCCCGGCCAGCUUCCUCGGGAGCAAGCUCAGCAGGAAGCAGGCGACCGCCGCCGCCGUGAACUACCAUGGCAAGAGCUCCGGCGCCAACAGGUUCAGGGUCAUGGCAAAGGAGGUCGACGAGUCAAAGCAGACGGACUCCGACAGGUGGAAGGGCCUGGCCUACGACAUCUCGGACGACCAGCAGGACAUCACCAGGGGCAAGGGCCUCGUCGACUCCCUCUUCCAGGCGCCCACGGGGGACGGCACCCACGAGGCCGUGCUCAGCUCCUACGAGUACCUGAGCCAGGGCCUAAGGGACUACAGUGCCUGGGACAACAUGAAGGACGGCUUCUACAUCGCCCCGGCCUUCAUGGACAAGCUCGUCGUCCACCUCUCAAAGAACUUCAUGACACUGCCAAACAUCAAGGUUCCCCUCAUCCUUGGUAUCUGGGGAGGCAAGGGUCAAGGAAAAUCCUUCCAGUGUGAGCUUGUCUUCGCCAAGAUGGGCAUCACCCCCAUCAUGAUGAGCGCCGGAGAGCUGGAGAGCGGCAACGCCGGUGAGCCCGCCAAGCUCAUCAGGCAGCGUUACCGCGAGGCGGCCGACAUCAUCAAGAAGGGCAAGAUGUGCUGCCUCUUCAUCAACGAUCUCGACGCCGGUGCCGGUCGCAUGGGCGGCACCACCCAGUACACGGUGAACAACCAGAUGGUGAACGCCACCCUGAUGAACAUCGCCGACAACCCCACCAACGUGCAGCUCCCCGGCAUGUACAACAAGGAGGAGAACCCCCGGGUGCCCAUCGUCGUCACCGGCAACGACUUCUCCACCCUCUACGCGCCGCUCAUCCGUGACGGUCGUAUGGAGAAGUUCUACUGGGCGCCCACCCGCGAGGACCGGAUCGGUGUGUGCAAGGGCAUCUUCCGCACCGACGGCGUCCCCGACGAGGACGUGGUCAAGCUCGUGGACACCUUCCCCGGCCAGUCCAUCGACUUCUUCGGCGCUCUGCGUGCCCGGGUGUACGACGACGAGGUCCGCAAGUGGGUUGCCGAGACCGGCGUGGAGAACAUCGGCAGGAAGCUCGUCAACUCCAAGGAGGGCCCUCCCAAGUUCGAGCAGCCCAAGAUCACGAUCGCCAAGCUGCUGGAGUACGGGCACAUGCUGGUGGCGGAGCAGGAGAACGUCAAGCGUGUGCAGCUUGCCGACAAGUACCUCAGCGAGGCGGCCCUCGGUGAGGCUAACGAGGACGCCAUGAAGACCGGCGCCUUCUUCAAGUAGGAAUUUAGGAAACCAACCGGCCUCUUGCUAUUGAAUUGCUAGGCGGCCAAUUAAGGUUGCAAGAUGGAUGUUUUACUCUUGUUCAUUGUACCAAUUAAAGUACCGGCCGGCCGGAUCUGGACAAGCGAUAGCUGGGCAUGGAAAUUUUUGUCAAUAUAUAUCAAGGUUUUAAAUAGCCGGCUAUAGCUUUCGCUAUAGACAGCUAUAGCUUCUAGAAA